AUGGUAGCAACAGCUACAAUGGAAGACGACGAAAAAGAUUGCGCAGAACAACUAACAAAUCUUGCCGCGUGCAUCCCAUUUGUCAGUGGCACAGCAAAGAAGCCUACUCCUGAGUGCUGCCAAGACACCGAUAAAGUUAGGACUGCAAAACCCAAAUGCUUGUGUGUUCUUAUCAAAGAGAGCACUGACCCCUCAAUGGGACUUCCUAUUAAUACCACUUUAGCUCUUCAAAUGCCUGCUGCAUGCAACAUAGACGCCAAAAUCUCAGAUUGUCCUUCUAUACUUAAACUCCCAGCAGAUUCACCUGAUGCCAAGAUAUUUCUAGUAGCGGGAGGAGAUUCAAGCACAUCAAGCUCUUCGCCAGUUUCUCCUUCUACGUCAUCUUCUUCCUCGACAGGGUCAAGUUCUGAUAGCAAGACAACUGCAGCAAGUAGCAAUGGUGGAGCAGAGACUACUGGUAGGGUCUUUUUGGUGAUGGGAUUGGCCUUAGUUUCUUUGGUCUUGGUUUAA